AUGGCCACCACGGACUCUACGACAAUGCACGCCCACGGCCUUACGGCUAAGCGUCAUGAUCACCCAUCUCCCCAUCAAGAUGCCCUGAAGCGACACCCACCACUCAACACCACUCGCAGGCGGUGCAAGCCGUACAGGUUUAAACACAAGUCGGACAAUCGAUUGGCGCCUCGUCACAACAAGCCAAUCACGGUUGAAUACCAUGCCGCCUACAUGCCUAUGACCGUUUGGGCUCGGCAGGCAUAUGGCGUCGUUGACCCCGAUGGCGUGUUGGACGCUCGAGAUCAUGACAUGGCCAUGGCCUGGAACAGAGCCCAAGCCAUGCUGGUGCACGGUACACACAUUGACCCUAGUCUCGUUCAAACCGUGCUGCAAGCUGAUCCGUGCUUCAACAUUGUGAAGGCCCACUUUCAUCAGCUAUUGCCGGGACAGGGACCUGGCUCCACCGUGCCGGGCGUGGCUCAGGAGGCAGACUGGCUUGACAGAGAACUUGAAAUGUGGUAUCUGCUGCCUUGCAUUCGCUCUGGUCAGAACGCCUGCAACAUCUUGAUCGGUCAUGUCUCGCAAUGCCGUCCUUCACAACAACAACUAGAGCGGCUACUGGGCACCAUGUACACCUUUCCCACCCGCUAUCAGCUCAUCAUUCAUGGCAUUCUAACGUCCCUGACCGACGGGGUUCGGCGCACAGCCAUUUCAACCACCCGGGCACAGUUUGUGGGUCGGGUGGUCCGGCUCUGCUUCAUCUUGUUGCAGGUGUUGCCUCAGGAACAUGAGUCCCUCACCAUCGAGUUUAUGCGCCACAUCCGCCCAGCUGUGAAUGACAUUUUGGCCAACGGCGUCCCUGAACUGAAGUCGAAAUAUGCACUGCAUUUACAGGCCAUGUAUGACGGGCUGCAGCCAGCUAUCACCCUCUACACGACCGGGCGACCUGCAACGGUUUACAAACGGGCCGAUCCAAGUAUCGAAGGCACGCAGCAAGUCAAGUUGGGCGUGGGACCGGUCACCACUUAUGUGCCAGUCCCGAAUGGCUUUGGCGCUGCCAAGCAACUGCGCGUCGCUUAUUCUCAAAUUAGUUCAAACAUCACAGGUGGCGAGUGGUCUGUGUAUCACCACACAGUGGAUUCAGAUGACCUGGCAGUCGUGGCUGUCACCUCUCCGGCUCAGACAACCCUUCCCCCCGUCCUCGCUGCCAUGGCCGUGAUCAACUCCAGUGCUCUCUUCGACGAGCUGCCCGAGCCAGCUCGACAGUGCUUGGAAAAGGUGGCCAUGCUUCCGAAGGAAGUGCUCAUGAACCAUCGCGAUCAAGUGGUCCGCCAGAUGGCGUCGCUGCAAGCCUACGCGCUACACGCCCACAGCACCAGCGCGACACCCUCGUCCAGUGCGCCGUUGGCGCGGAUCUUGGGCACCCUGGUCACAGUGCAGCGGCCGUCUCCGUCCCAAAAGACUUGCCUGGACUCCCCUUCCCACCUCAUGUCCGCCAAGCGUGGCCACAACGAUCAAGAGAAUGCCCCACCCACGACCGAUGAGGCCGGCAGUUCCACCCCGCCCCUCAAGCGUGUUUGCUUCGAGGACGCUGUGAACAAAGCCGCCCCCCUGCCCCAGUCCACCAGCCUAGCUGCUGACCUCCACAGCGCACUCCGUCGUCUCAAUACACGCCACACCGUCCUCAAGGCUGCCUUGGUGCUCAAAGCCGUUGCGCAAGCACAACGCGACGCAGCCCAACAACGCCAAUCCCAGGUCGAUGUCCUUUGCCAGCGCUUGGACAUGUUGCACGCCGAGCGCGAGGAUCUCCGCCACAUGCUGCUGCAAUUCGAGACGCGCUACCACCAGCACAGCACAAGUGCCACAUCCUUUCUCGCCAUCCCGGCGCAAGAAUCCUGGGAGCGAGCUUAUCAAGAAUAUGAUCACAUCAAAGCACUCCUCGCACAGACAGACCAGCAACUUCACCAGCUCGGUCACCAAACCUCAACUCGACCCACACAUGCCUCGCAAGUUCGCCCAGACCUACAUGCCACAACCCUGCCCGCCCCAAAGUCCGAUCUCUACCAAACCCAAACUAGCGUGCUGGUAAAGCCCAUUGCCCGCCGUGCGCCGGCUCCUGUUUGA